ACAACUUGCAGAGUUAUAACCCACUCGCCGCCGUGUCGAUAAGCAGGGAAUUCUAGAUGUUAAAAGGAGGACAAGAAGAGUCUCGGAUGACCUUUGGUGUCGUUGCCAAUCCAGUUUUCACUCCACUUUAAUAUUCGCAUCGCUCCACCAAGUCAGAAAAGGGGAUCCGUGCGUCAGUGAGAUAAGACCCUUUCCACACUUCCUCACCUGAAGUGUCCCCUACCUUACCUUCCUCGGCCAGCGCGUGGAGAUAGUGGGAAGCCCGCUGAGCAGACUUGAAGAGCUUUAUUUGCCUGAGGCGGAGUGCUCACAUAAAGCCUGGUGAAGGACGUUGACAACUGAGAAGUGUGUACAUCAGCCAUGGGAGCCUCCAGCACUACUUCGAGGAAACUUCCCCUGCUCUACUUUACCUUUCAGUGCGCGCUCACAGGCAUAUGGGCCAACUUUUUAAUACCCCUGAAAAAUGGAGAAGUGAUCGAGGGUCAGUAUGUGGAGCUGCAGGCCCGGUACACUGGCGGCAACCCAAAUUCCAAGAGUAUCGCCUGGAACUUUUUGAUGCCUAACACCAGCCAGAUGAAGAUGAUCAUCUCCUACACCGACAACGAGGUGAAGGUGUUUGACGGACAGUUUAAGGGCCGUGUCGGUUUCCUACAUCAGAUGCCAUCAUCAGAUGUGUCGUUCUACAUCAACAACACCCGGGAGUCCGAUUCAGGAAGCUACAUCUUUCAGAUUGUUAAUGAUGGUAUUACUGAAACGGUUACCCUGGAUGUGAAAGUCCCUCCUUCUGUUCCGAAGUGCUCUAUGACAGGGAAGCCAGAGGUAAAAGGAAAUGUUACUCUGAUCUGCAUGUCCAGCUCUGGGAAACCUAUUCCUUUGUACAAGUGGAAGAAAACCAGCCCCACCUCUGAGGUCUUCUUCUCACCCAUGCUCAAUGAGAAGACUGGCACUCUGAAGCUGAACAACCUGAGCAGCAACAUGUCGGGGAAAUACGUGUGCACAGCCAGCAACACGGUGGCAGAAAAGAGCUGCGCAAUCGACCUGCACAUUACCAACUCCAAUAAAGUGGGGGUGAUUGUUGGUGCCACAGUUGGCUCAGUGGCUGGCUUCAUCUUCCUCCUUUUUGUGUGCCUCGCUUUUGUCUUCGUGAUAAGGAGAAGAAACAACGAGGAUGACUUGGCCAAUGAAAUCAAGGAGGAUGCUCAGGCUCCCAAGCGUGUGUCAUGGGCUAAGAGCGGCAUGGGUUCUGACAUCAUCUCCAAGAAUGGCACCCUGUCCUCCAUCGCCUCCAGCCCACACCACAAAGAGUCCUCCCAUCACCACAACAACCACCACCACCACCUGCAGCAGUAUCCACAGCGCCCCCCCUCAGACACUGCAUCCAUCAUCACCGCCACAGGCAGCAAUGCCGGCUAUAGACCGUCCCGCCACCAAGGGGCCUCCACUCCCACCCAUUACAGCUACAACAACAACACCACCCUGCCACGUGAACAGCCAUUGUCCCCCGAGGCCGGCAGCAAUGGCGGUUCCAUGCCCAGACCCGAGCGCUACACCCAGUUGCCUCAGGCACAGGCGCUGCCGCAAACGUACAACCAGCCUCGGCUGCAGCUCCAGACCGCUCCCUCCCCGCCACCACUACCCACCUCCACCAUCAUGGCCUCCAACAUCACCCGAAUGGGAGGCGUGCCCAUUAUGGUUCCUGCACAGAACCAGGCCGGAUCUCUAGUCUAGCAUGAGCUAAGGGAAUACUCUCACAAAGGAUCAAUUGCUGAUUUUUCAAAGGGACUUUAAUAUUUAGCAAAGAAUUCAAAAUGAAAGGUCAUUUACUGAUGCCAACAAGCUCUCAGACACACUGUUUACUUCCUUUAAGAAUACUUACUUAUAGUUCUUUUGUACUCUGUAUGCACUGUACACAUUUGAAACUAUGUAUAGAUAUGAUUUUCAUACAUUUGUCCAGUAUCAUCUUUUCUACUUUAUGGAUUUUAAUGUUUUCAUUUUUCAUAUUUAGAUUUUUAAAUGUAAUUUCUUCCAAACUGUUUUCCUCCUGCCAUUUACUAACCGCAGCUGGAACGCUGUGUGUGCUAAUCUCACGGACAGAAAAAAAAGAGCACCAGCAUGCUACACUUUAUCCAUUGUCUUUAUUUAGAGAAACUACCUGAAGGACUCAUAGGUCAUUACUGUUUAAGAAGGAGAAUGUUGCUCAUAAACACUGGGUUUAAUCUAUGUAUUAUUAACUCUAUUUCAGCACCAGACAUCAAAAGACAACAUAAUGUGUUGUGUGAUAAAGUUUGCCCUUGCAAAGUAUCCUAAUCCUUUUUCUUGGCUUUGCUUCUGUUGGGUUUUCAACUUGCUUUCAAAAUGCUUUUAAACUCACUUCUUUAACUACAGAUGAGCAAAAGCUUCUGAUAAUACUGAGCUGUUUAGGACUGCAGAACAGUAAAUGUGCUUAUAUUCUUGA